AUGGCAGCGCGCGAGUCCGGCGGCCCCGGUCCCCGUGGGGAGGCCGCCCGCCCCGAGGGCCGAGCGGGCUCCGAGGCCCCGAGAGUGAGGCGCCGGCUCGGGGCGCCGCCGCCGCCGCCGCCGCUCCCCCCCCACACACCUGGUUCAUCUCUGAAGAGAUGGGAAAACUCAUCUCCGGGCGGCGACGGGGAGCAGGCGGAAGCGAGCUGGAGCGGCCCAACGGAAAGCGCCUCGAGGCCGCGGGCGGGGUGGCGGCGGGGCGGGAGGGCGAUCAGAUGCCAGCCGCGGCGGCUGCGAGGUCGGGGGUCUCCGCCGGGGUCCGCAGGGGCACCUGGCCGCACAGCAGCGCCGAAGUUCGGAGCGAGUGAGACGGAGUCAGCGACCGACCUCCGCGCGCUCCCCGAAGCCUCUGCCUCCGCCGCGCCACCGCACCCCCAAACGUCACCACGUGCGCCUCCGUCGCCCACGUCUCCCGGACGCCGGCGGCCCCACAGCGCCAGCGAAUGGCCCGCGAGCGCGGAAAGAAAGGCCCCGCCCCCGUCCCCAUCCCCCCCGCCUCCGCCCCCCGCCGCUCCGCGGGCUCUGCUAGGUCAGCGCAAGGUGAUCCUCUGCGCGGGGGCUGCAAGUCCAGACGGUGGCGACUGGUUCCCUCUAGCCGCCUCCCGGGGAGAAACUGCAGCUCGGGAGGUCACACGUAGGCGAUUAGAUUCCGGGCGUCCAGCUGACCUCUGGGCAGCCGCCCCAGACCCGAGCGGACUGCCCACGUGGAUCUUGAGAGCGAGGUCACUCCAGAUUUAAGUCUCUGCCCAAUUACUGUGCCAUUCAGAUGUUCAGUAACAUGGAACAUGUUGAGAAAUCAUUUCCUUCCCUCUGCUCUGGGCCACAUACUUUGGGAAACUCAGUGGGGGUCACAGGAGGACUGCAGCAGCACCUAGGACUCUAGAGGAGGAGGUGAGAGUGAUCCGCAUGAUGGUGGAGGAGGACUGAAGUUGGUGGUGGAAAGGGGGUGCUAACACCUAUCUUAGGAGUUAAGAAUUGUACUCACAUGGCAACAAGUGCCUUCUAAAUUAUUA